AUGGAUUGUAUGUACGUAAAAUUUUGUAUUAUCAAAGCUGCUGCGUUCUUGUUUUGGUUACUUCAGGGACUAAAAUGUAAUUACAAUACUGGUAUUGUCGUACAGUACAAGCUUGUAGCUAGCUACCAGCCAGAACAAUCCCCUCAAGCUUCAAUUCGACGCUAUAUGUCGAUCAUGGAUCAUUCCCUUCGAUCUUGCUCAGAUGCCUACGCAAAUUCCCUCGUAUGCCGCAACGUGUUGCUGUAUUUUCCUCAGAGGCAAUCACUGUCUUCUUCUUCUUCUUCUUCGCCAUUGUUCGCCAAGAGCAAUCUCGAUUUGGUCCGGACCAACCUACUAGUAGCCUUCGUCACCUGA